GCUGUUAGCCGUCAAGCUAGCAGCUGCUGUUAGCCAGCUCGGCUAACCGACACCCGAAUUCCGUAAGGCUGGCGGGUGUACACCCACAGCAUGUCGGGCGUGAAACUGCACUGCUGCUGCGACGUGGCACAACGCUCCCCCAAAAAGUGCGAAUAAUGCGACAAUUAUCCCAAACACACACACACACCAAAUCUUCACUGCUUCCUCCAGGAUGACCUGCUGAAAAUGACUCCCAGAGAAAGCUGGAGGAUGCAACAUGAGCACCUGCACGUCAAACACAAAGGACACGAGGCAAUGCACGCCGAGAUGAUUCUGAUCCUGGUGGCUACUCUGGUGGUGGCCCAGAUCGUGCUGGUGCAGUGGAAGCAGCGCCACCACCGCUCCUACAACCUGGUCACGCUGGUCCAGAUGUGGGCUGUGCCUCUUUACUUCACCCUGAAACUCUACUGGUGGAGGUUUCUGUCCAUGUGGGGCGUCUUCUCUGUCAUCACCAGCUACGUCAUCUUCAGAGCCACACGCAAGCCACUCGCCUGCCGGACACCAAGGAUGGUGUACAAGUGGUUCCUGUUGAUCUACAAGCUGAGCUACGCCGUGGGGCUUCUAGGCUACAUGGCCAUUAUCUUCACCAUUGUUGGCUUCAACGUCUUCUUCCGGAUCAAGGCAGAGGACUCCAUGGACGUGGGCGUGGUCAUGUUGUUCUACGGGCUUUACUACGGCGUGCUGGGGAGGGACUUUGCGGAGAUCUGCUCCGACUCCAUGGCGUCUACCAUCGGGUACUACAGCCACGGUGGAAUUCCCAGCCGGAGAUUGAGCGAGCACAUCUGCGCCGUGUGCGCCCAGAACAUCCUGGUGGACGUGGACGAGGAGGGCGUCAUGGAGAAUACGUACCAGCUGUCCUGUGGUCACAUAUUCCACGAGUUCUGCAUCCGUGGCUGGUGCAUUGUGGGGAAGAAGCAGACGUGUCCUUACUGCAAUGAGAAGGUGGACUUGAAGACCAUGAUGAACAACCCCUGGGAAAAGACGCACGUCCUGUAUGGACAGCUGCUGGACUGGCUGCGGUACCUGGUUGCCUGGCAACCCAUCAUCAUUGGCAUCGUCCACGGGAUCAACUUCUCACUGGGGCUGGAAUAGCAUCCCUGAGGAGCGACACAGCCCGUGUCUUGCAGACUGUUGGGAUGUGUUUUUGCUUCCUGAACACUCGCGUUGUUUCCUUCAAAGUGUUUUUGGACUUUGUCUCUUUUGGGGGUUGUAAUGUUUUGUGUGUCACUAAAGUCACUAAAAUCAAAACCAAUAAAUGUAACUUCGACAUGUUGA